GUGGUGGUGUGGUAGUGGUGGUGGCGUGGUAGUGGUGGUGGCGUGGUAGACGUGGUAGUGGUGGUGGUGGCGGCGUGGUAGUGGUAGUGGUGGCCGUGGUAGUGGUGGUGGUAGUGGUGGCGUGGUAGUGGUGGUGGUGGUAGCCGUGGUGGUAGUGUGGUAGUGGUAGUGGUGGCGUGGUAGUGGUGGCGUGGUAGACGUGGUAGUGGGUGGGUGGUGGCGUGGUAGACGUGGUAGUGGUGGUGGCGGCGUGGUAGUGGUGGUGGCGUGGUAGUGGUAGUGGUAGCGUGGUGGUGGUAGCCGUGGUAGUGGUGGCGUGGUGGUGGUAGUGGUGGUAGCCGUGGUAGUGGUGGUGUGGUGGUGGUAGUGGUGGUGGUAGCCGUGGUGGUGGUGGUAGCCGUGGUAGUGGUAGGUGGUAGUGGUGGUGGGUGGUAGUCGUGGUAGUGGUGGUGGAGGUCUGAACGCGAAGCCACCGAGAUAGCAGCGUGGCCACAUCGCCGACUCGUUUGUGACAUCCCAAGUCGCCACCGCACUCACUGGGCGGUCGGUCGGUGGUGGUUGUUGUUGGUGGUGGCCGGUGGUUGUGGCCGGUGGUGGUCACGGAUUUGCGUUAGGCUCGCGUGAGGGACGGACGCACGGAGGAGCGCAUCCAUCAGCAGCACCACCAGCACCACCAGCACCAGCAGCACCACAACCAGCAGCACCACCAGCACCACCACCAGCACCACCAACAACAGCACCACCAGCAACAGCACCACCAGCAGCGUUGUUGACGAAGACGAGGGGACACAGCACGAGAUUUGGCGAUUGGGUUCGUGCUGGUGGGUUUGGCGAUGGACAGCGCCCGAGGGAAGAAGAAUGGAGGUCGCCUGCACACGUGCGUGGCGCUCAUGAUGAAGGUCUACCACGAGCUGGUCCACAACAGGCACAGGUUCAUGAACCACCGACCGCCGCCGAACUGCCGCUACCAGCCCACGGAGUACGAGCACGCCGCCAACUGCGCGACCCACGCCCUGUGGAUCUUGCCGAGCAUCGUGGGAAGCGCCGCGCUGCACCGCCUGUCGGACGAGCGUCUGGAGCAGGUGACGGCGUGGGUGUACGGCCUGGGCCUCUGCGGCCUCUUCAUCGUGUCCACCAUCUACCACAUCUACGCCUGGAAGGGGCGCCACUUCCACUCAACGGAGCACUGCUUCCACAUCUGUGACCGUGUCGCCAUCUACCUCUUCACCGCCGCCUCCUACACGCCCUGGCUCUUCCUGCGGGAGCUGGGCCCGUGGGCCUCUCACAUGCGCUGGGUCGUGUGGCUCAUGGCAUGCUCGGGGGCACUCUUCGUCUUCAUGUUCCAUGGCCGGUAUAAGCUGAUCGAGCUGGUGUUCUACCUCACCAUGGGCAUCUCUCCGGCUCUCGCCAUCGUUUCAAUGCCCAACAGGGAAGGCCUUUCCGAGGUGGCGAUCGGCGGAGCCCUCUACAUCUUCGGAGUCAUCUUCUUCAAGAGCGACGGCCGCGUGCCUUUCGCUCACGCCAUCUGGCACCUGUUUGUGGCCUUGGCUGCCACCAUCCACUACUACGCCAUCUUUCGGUACCUCUACAUGCCCUUGCGGGUGUGAGGGGGAGGCGGGGGGGAGCCGCGGGAGGUGGUGGGGGUGGCAGGAGGGGGGUGACUCUUGGGGGGGUGGGCGGGGGUGGGGGCAGCGAGCCGUGGGGGGUGAUUAGAACGGUUGGCUACGUACGGUGCGAACGAAGUUUCAAGGGACGUACGUACGGGGAGGAGAAGAGAGAGAUAUAAACAAGUUAAAUACGUACACAACACUCCUCCUUCUCAUGGCUGUUCCACCACUUAAUUAUAAUUUUUUUAUCCGAAAGUUUUUUUUAUUUUUUUACACAUCCCAUGAGCCACACUGCUGGGUCCGGUGAAGGCGUAACUUUCAGAAACGUUGGUUCAACACGAGCAAAACUCUGGGCUGGAUUCGACAUUCACGAACUCGUCGGUGGAGUUGGCCUUGCUUGAACCGAUUGCUGCUGGUGGAACAGACUGACAAUCAUCGCUAAACGGCCCCCCGCGUUUGAUAUGGGUCUUAGUUUAACGCAACACAACCUAAUAUUGAGACACUAACGAUUGUUACGCGAGCGAGCGGGUGGACCUGCGGGUGGGCGGGCGGGCAGUUGAGUGGGUCUUCACGGUGGAAUGCAGAGAGUGACAUUGAAGAAGCUUUUUCUCCGCGUGGCUGCCCAACAUCAUUUGAUCACCCACCUCCCAACCACGUAUUUCCCGUCUAGAAAGAAUUCCUGUAACCUUUUUCCACUGCACAACCGAGAUGUUGGCAUGACGAGUUAACCCUUUCCCGUUCCGACAACGAUGUACGUACACGAACGAUUCCAUUCCGAUGACGCACGUCGGAAACCGGAAUAAAAACUGAAGUCUUAAUACCUUUAUUGGUAUCGAGGCUCCCACAAGGCAAUGCGGGAGGGCGUGUGGCACAGUUUGGCGCCGGCUAUCGUAGAGUGGUGGCGGUCUUGUCGCGACAGUUCUCUGCGGUGAGUAACAACGUCUUCAAAAACGACGGCGCUACUGUGCCUCUCUAAAUUAAAUUAACGCUGAGCUCCUUGCUUAUUCCGAGAAUUAAGCAGGGAACGGGACACCCACCCACCCUGCAACUUGCAGACAUCUCGGAACGAGAAAGGGUUAAGAAGUACUGGGUUGACUUUUGACGCGCCACCUGGCCCUGCUUGGCCCCCCUCAAACCAGCUUGUGAGGCUGGCGUGUUGCGGUUAUAGAUUUCUGCCGUCGACAAAUAUCCCCAGAGGGUGCCGUUCUGACCCGGCUCCGAUGGUGGCAGUGGAAAAGCGUUGUUGCAGGUUUCUGAAACUCGGUGUACCAACGUGGCAAGGUGGUAAAAUCCACCUUGGUGGGAAGGAGGCUGUUGGUGCCCUGGUGUAGCUUGAUAGUUGAGUUGGUGUUCCACUUUUACCGAUUCACAUUUCCCCCGCCGAUCGCCCAGUUGUUUGUCGGUUCAUUCUGCCCGAACCGUGAUUGGUGAGAACUUCCAUCACCGACAUGUUGCAGCGGGUGCUGCGAAUUUGUUAAACGUGAGCAAACAGCCGAAUGAACGCGCGUUUCCGAAACGCACUAGAAGAAUAUUUACGCUAUCAAACGAAACCGCUGUGUGAUUAUUGUUCAACGGUGAUCGUCACAUUCCCAUUUUGGGUUCAGUUGAGUAUUUUUGGCUGAGCGUUUUGGCCAGGAAGCCACCGAAAGCUGUGCCGAGAAGCGCAUUCCUCGUUCGCCAGCGAUGGCGGGGUGCUGGCGUUCGUAGAGGGAAGACGCAACCAAAAAAAUAUAUACCAAAACCAAUGGGUGCUACGGUUAAACUGUAUUAUCCGGCUUAAUACGUGUAAGUUAAAUGUGCACAACUUAGGGUAUAAUUGUAUUUAUUGGUUAUGUACGUGGAACGGAUGGAAAUGUGUCACAGCAGCCCUGAUAGUCCGUAAAAAAUCGGUACCACCUCAUAUCGCAGAAACUUUAGUGGCACCGAUUUAUUUACAUCAGCUCACUCGCUUUACCUGGUUACUGGAAUUGUGAAAGUGAUGCCACCUCGGACGGUCCCGACAAAUUCUAAUAUCUGGCCUGGGCUCAUGGGCAGUGACUUGGAGGUGGCUUUAGAAACUUCCCAGUCGGUGGGGGGGGCGGGGUAGGGAAGGAGGGUGAGAGAUUCCCAAACUGAGAUUUUUUUUGUUCUUCCUAAAAAUGCAAUAUCGAUGGGCCAAAAUAGGUGAAAAUAAAUAUCAACAAAAGAUGCUUAUUCUUGAUUUGAAGCUUCCGUGACUGCAAGUCACGUAGGUAGAAAAAUAAAACAUAAAAUAAUAUAUCACAAUAAUUUUUAAUAAAAAUGUUCUACCUACUUGACUUUACCGAAAGAACCACAGAGUAUAAAAGCUAUUUAUUUUGGGAUCUCACCAUUGCCCUCCCCCCUCCUCUUCUGGUUCCGCCACCGCCCUGAAUGUCAUGUGAGGCCCUCUCGUGUCAUGGCAGACAACCUGAGACGCACAGCCCCGCGGGUGUGAACCUUACAAACUUGACCAAAAUCUACCGUCGUUCGGCUCAGAACCUUCCUCUCAAUGCGCCUAUUAAGCACAUUGGGUGAGCAGUUCGGCUACGUGAAUGACAUUCUUUUUUACAAACAGCUGGCAUUCAAGAAACAAACGAACAAAGGGCAGGAAGCGUGAGCAUUGUCUCACGCCCCGAUGAGCGCGCCUGCUGUUGCAAAAUGGAGAAGGCCGAGUAUGGUGCGAAAGAAGUUCAACAUAUAUACAUAUACCCGGUGCGAUGUGUAAACAUCGCCACUAGGGAGACCAAGGUGGCCGGGCGUGGUGCUGGCCACCCAUCCUCCUUGUUUGCCGUCCCGGAAUUCAUUCGUGCUCCUUGCUUAACAGCACCAACAAUCUGUUCAGGCCAUACGGGGGUUCUUUGUCUAUAGAAGCGCCCCGGUCCUAACUUCGCCACAGAACCUUGUGGCGCCAAGCGGCACACUUGCAACAGUAAAAAAAAAAAGGCAAAGGCGCAGCCCUGCAAUUUACUGGCUCACGCCACUGCUGUUGGUCGCGUCUCCACUCGAUUAGUCUCUAGAGAGAUUGAGCCCCUUACAGGGAGAAGCUCUUGAGACCACCUAGUUGCUUGGCAUAUCCUUUCACGGUGGCCAAACCUUAUUGGAAGAGGGUUGGAUUUUACCCACGCUUUUCCCCACCACCGCACGCACGCGACCCGCCGCUCGACUUGAACGCGGCGUACCCGCGCGUGCCGCCGCCGGGAUAAUGCGGCUUGGUUAUAUCGGACGUAAAGCCAAGACUCGUGUUAAAUAUUCCCAUAAGUGCUUUCAGGACUCAGAGAGUAUUUUUAUCACAACGGGCUAAAUGAGCAUUAGAGAACGGAAGAAAUAUUAUGUUGGUUGAACAGCUUGCAAAGGGACCCGAGUUGAGACCAUAAAUUAUUUCUACAACAAGAGUGUUUGUUUUUACAUCACUUUUUUACGGCUGUAUUAAAACUAAACUCUUUUAUUUACCAGGUAACGCCCUCUGACCUAUUGGUUCUAUUUCAGAGGCCACACGCGUUUGAUAGCUCAUCGUCGAAGCGGCUGAUAUCAUCGUCAUCAUCAUCAUCGCCACGCGUGGGAAUUUAUCGCAGCGGCCGAAUAAUGUAGAGGCGCGUUGGUUGUAAACGGGGAGGGCAAAACUGGAGGAACCCAGAGAACAAUCAACGCGACCACUUAGGGGAGAGAGAAAACGCACAACAGGCAUUGCCAGGGUUCCGGGAUUGAACCCAAAACCUCGUGCAUACCAGGCGAGGGAGGAUGGCAUCUCGUAGCCACUGCGGCGCGCACUGCUGAUGAGCAUCGGUGUCAUCAAAAUCAUUCUCCGAUUGCCUCCUCUGAUAAACAAACGCGACGGCAACAUGUGUUCCGGAUAGAAAGUGGCCAAUUUUUAUUAAUCGAUUCACUUUUGUUUUAAAGUUAUUCAAGCACACACAUUUAUAGCGCUCGCUUGUUUAGAGUCAUCAAAAUAUGUAACCGAAACAGUAAAAUAUAUAUUUUCUCGUGUGUAUGCAAACCGAGGCUACCAAAAACGGUUUGUGGAAAUUUGGAUUUUGUACUACCCGAGCAGUGGGCGGAGCUACCAGAGAAGUGGGCGGGGUUACCCCAGCGAUGGGCGGGUCCAACAUAAUAAAAGAGCCAAUCAGAUUGCUCGUUGUAUGUGUGGGCGUGGCUAUGUUAGAGGUGGGCGGGGGCUGAUAGAUGGAGGGAGGGGCUGCCAGCUCGUCAUGUGUCCCCGCGGGGAAACCUCCCAAGACAUUUGGUAGCCUUGACUGUUGACGUCAAUUGUCAGUGCCAUUCUAUCCGACUCGCUACGAUUGCGAGCACGAAAAACGGACGAGGAGAGACGCGUCCCGUGGUGUGCUUUUACGAACAUCAGCUCGUGCACUUGGCGCUACUGUAUUUCGCUCGACAGAGCAGAGGUCGCAAACGGGUUUUGAUUCCUUACCCGUACCCGGCCGCACCAGGGUCGCAAAUGGGUACCCGUACCCGGCCGGUACGGGUACCCGUUCCCUACCCGUGCCCGUACCCUACCCGAAAUGAGUGACAAACGGUUACUCACCAGUGACUCGCGGCCUACCCGUACCCGUACCCGGCCGCACCAGGGUCGCAAACGGGUACCCGUACCCGUACCUGGCCGGGUACGGGUAGCCGGGUAUUGGGUAGGGUACGGGUAUCGGGUACCCGGUUGCGACCUCUGCGACAGAGUGAAGCCCUAUGGAUUAUCGCUUCAAACACACACACACACCAGCCUCCUGAAUCGGACUGCGGUUUGAUGCAGUGAACUCUUUGGUUUAGACCAAAACAUGCUACGGGCUAUGAGAUUUGUUUGCCAGGCAGUGUCGGCUCACAGAUCUCAGUUGAGGGAGAUGCUGCAAACUCAAACCUGGGGUUCUUUUCCAAUUUUCGGCUCGCAUUUGAUGGUUGUAACGCUAAAGCGUUCUCAACCAAGACUGGAAUAAAACCUGAGGUGGAAGUUAUAGUCUUGGAUUCAAGGCUGUGAGCCAAUCACGGCCAAGUCGAGUGCAAGGCCUGCUCAGGGCUGGAUCCUGUAGGCUGAGACCGGUGUCAAGGCCACGACCCUGAGGCCACGGUCCAAUGUCCUUGAGCUGGGCCUUGAGGCCCAGGACUGGUCUCGUGGGGACUGAUUCAGUGACUCGCGAUGAGUGAGGUGCAGCUGGCCUGAAAGCCCUAGGGGCUGGCCACGAGGACUCAAGACUGCCUCAACCGAGAGCCGUGAGUCGCCGCUGCCUCGCGGCAAAAACGGCAACGGUGCGACUGCCAGCAGAUUGCUAUUCGCGCGUUUACUCGUUCGGGUCCUCCCUUUAAAACUCUCUGAAGACGGCACAACCCCCUUUUCAAUUUCACCCCGCUCAAUCUGAAAGUCGUCGUCCUUGUCGUCGCGUCACGCGUACGGACAGACGGGCGGACGGGCCCGCGAAAGUGGGUUGCUAGCGGCAAAUCAUUUCAUUAAUGGGGUUCGUUGUUGUGUAGAUCAGGAAAGGGUGGGGGGGGGCGGCAGGUUGUGAUGGCUGUGACACGUGUGCGUGGUAGAUGUUGGAGGAGAGCGAGCUACCGAUGCUGGCUUUUGGAGCGACGUGCCCCAAAGAUUAUUCUCUGUGACCUAAUGGUGAGACCUGAACCUGGGUAGGUGGUCGGGUGAGGCUGUCACAAUGGUCCUAAAAGGGACGCGUCAACUGUAGAACAAGCCAGAAAGAUGCUUAUGAUCAGACUUGGAGCAGACAUUUCAGUUCAGGAGUUCUGGGAUCUGGCAUGAGAAAGAUUGAGCCUUUACAUUUUAACCAAUUCUGUGGUCUAACAUUUUUUCUUUUGGUUGGUGUGGGUGGGGGGGGGGUCUAAUGUCUUUUGGGGGGCACAUUGGGCCAGCAUCGAUGUUCUGUAAAGCCAUCGAGAUCCCAAAGUAAUGGGGGAAGUGGCUCGCUAAUUUAUUUUUAUUCCGAGCCAUAUUGUGACGUGCGUGUGCGUGCGCGUGCGUAAAAGGGGUGGUUAUGUGACAUCAACGCUCUAGAAAUGAGACGCUAUGGUAAUUUUCUGAAAAAUGUGAAAAUUUGAGCUAAAAGUGUAAACCUUAUGAUGCAAACGAGUGUUACGUUAACAGUACGAUGCACUGAAAGAUGUCCCGUGGUCUGGAUUGCCUUGAGUGACGGCUUUCCGACUGAGGUUGGCACGUUAAUGCAUUAGCCGUCUCCUGGCUGUCUGCCGCACGUCUGUCUGUAACGGGGAGGCCUGCGACGGCUCUCUCGUGAAGAUGAUCGGAUGCAUGCAAGCCAUAUUUUAGUGCUAUUAGGGGCUUGCACUUCAGAAAACGGAGACAAAUUUCAACCGAAAGCCAACUUCACGCGCAAGCGCCUAAUUGAUGAAACUGGGUCAUUGGGAAAACAUUUUUAAAAGCCCUCUCUCUAUCAGCGUGCUACAAAAUGUCGCCUAUUGUAUAUCGUUUUAUUUUUAAGCCCACGGUGUUGUAAUUAUUGACGACCGUGUUGAGUUUUUGUUGUUGUAUUUUGCUUUUGUGCACUGCUGCCAAAUGAAGCAGUGCAGCAAUCGCUAAAUAUAGUUUAUGAAAAAAAAAUUACCCAAAGGUUGUGUUUACCUAAAACUAGACGGGACAAGGACAACAAAAACAUCCAGCGCGCCACUAACGUUUCCGCCCUUGCCAGGCCAAGGCGAUGACGUCGUUAUUUGUGACGUCAUCACCCACGCGUGACGUCAUCUCGCUGUGAAGCCUUGUGACGAGGUGGUGGGGAGCAGUGCCGGAUUAUCCCGGUAGCACAAGUAGCUGCAUAUGCAGCUACAGGCGCCCCGCACUUUCAAGGGCCACGCACUUUCAAGGGGCCCGCGCUAAAUGCUUUCAAGCUUUCAAUUCCGGUUCAGUGAUUCUGCACUUGCUCUAUUACUAUAGUACUAUACCGCCUUCAACUUUAAUGAACGACUUGGGUGUUUAAGGUUAGCGAUGUGUCGUAUUACCUGGCUGUAUAGCAAAUGAAAAAAUUACAAUUACUUUACUAUGCAAGUAAAAAAUGUGUGUUUUUUAAAAUAUUUUUAAUUGUUUUAUUUAGCGCCCCUUUAUAACAACAUAUGUUACAGGCCCCGCACUAGCUUCAUCCGGCACUGGUGGGGAGGGGAGCUUCAUGUUGGAAUCCAUUCCGGGACCAUCGAUGACCGUGCGUGCCCGUGCCUUUCUCGUCCCCAAAUCUCAAAGUUUUGGUCAUACUCGUCGAAUUCGACCUCGGCACGUGUCGGCGAAAGCGAGGCGGUUCGCUAAAUGUAUCGUGGCACGACCCCAAGUGUUCUCUUUCUACUCGGAAUCGUCAUCCGUGCGCGUGUUGUACACGAGGUGCCGUCUACUCUUCGAAGGAGAAAAAAAUCCCUUCUUCCCCACUUGCACACACUUUGUGUGCGCGCGCACACAGCGGUUGGGAACCGCUGUUGGGCUUAACGUUUGCCGGGCACCGCGUGUACAAGUUGAUGAUAAGCUUUUCCCAAUCAUCUUCAUUAAUCCACUGUUGUGGCUUGCGUUGGCUGUUAAUUUGUUUUGUUGUUUGGUGUAUAAUCGCUGCGCGUAGCGUGGGACUGCGUGUUGGUAUCGCAGCGACAGCUGUACAGGGUGGUCGUUUGCCCAUGGCUGAGAGAAUAGUGGGCAAACUGACGACGAAAGACCUUUACGAGGGCACCAUUGUUGAUUUUUUUUUUUUACUGCAGAUUAACUGACAAUGUCGUCAAGUUGUGAAUUGUAUCCAACUUGAAAUGAUGCACUUUUGCUUGUACAGUACCUAUAAGUAAUUGUUUUUCUGUCUCUGAAAUUUUUUCUUUUUAUUCUUCGGCACGCCCGUCUGUGCGAACGGAAAUCGGCAGCGUUCGUUAAAACAGCACUCGUCGGUGAAUUUGUGGCAACACCGAACUGCUGCUGCUUUGUUGUGAAUGUGGUUCGCGUCGGGAGCUUCGGAGGAUCUCGGCCUUAGCCGCCGCGAUUUCACAUUUUACUCUCGGGGUGCCGUUCAGUUCAAGCUUCAAAACGCCCCAUCGUGUGCCGUUGAGAUUCUGGCCACGCUUUUGCUUUCAACAAAAUUAAUAAAUAAGCUGGACAUAACGCCUCCUUCC